CCACAGUCUUUUCAUAAACUCCUUCUCACUCCUCACUCCUCACUCCUCUCUCUCUCCGUCGUUUUGCAUUGCAACCACUCUCUCUCUCCGCCGUUUUACCCUUUUCAGCUCUCAACGCCGCAACUACUCAUGGCAAAUCGCUGGCUCAGGCCCGAGGUCUAUCCUCUGUUCGCCGCGGUUGGUGUUGCUGUUGGAAUCUGUGGUUUCCAACUGGUUCGUAACAUCUGCAUCAACCCCGAAGUCAGGGUGAGCAAAGAGGGAAGAAAGGCUGGAGUGUUGGAGAACUUUGCUGAGGGAGAGAAGUAUGCAGAGCAUUUCCUGAGGAAGUAUGUCCGCAACAGACAACCAGAGAUUAUGCCCAACAUCAACAACUUCUUCGCUGACACAAGUCGAAGCUAAGUUGCUCUGAAUAAACAAUGGUUUAUGUAAGAUGUGAAUUCUCUUAUGUUAAAGACAGCUUUUAUUUUGCAUUUAGAAAACAGAAUGUGGUUAUUUUCUCUAGCCGAACAGUGUGUAUGCUGUGGUUGGGAAAUACAAUACUGCUGGAUUUGAUUUGAUGCAUUGCUGGUUGCUGCUGUUUUAAUGCUGUCAAUAUGCUUGCCGCAACAAUUUGUGGUGAAACUGUAUUGAAAAUAAAGUGAAGUACUAAACUUGUUCCUAGUUUGUUACAAUUUAAAUCAGUGCCAGAAUGCCUAAACCAAUUGAUUUGUUGCUGGACAAAUUUUUUGA